UUGUUUUGAAAAUUUGUUUAUAUGGGUUUUUAUUGCAAAGAAAGGUGAACUAUUAUAAAGGUGCCAAAAUGUUUUUGACUUGGGUACAACUAAAAUUGUAGAUUAAAGUGUGUUUUUAGUUGGUUUCUUCAAAUUUCUGCAAGAUUUAACAAAAGGCACAAUAUUAUCUUAAUUGCUGCAAGAAUUCCCGCGCCUCUUAUCUUUUUUGAUUGACGCAUAUUCAUAUUAUAAGAAAAACCUUUUGAAAACUUGGCCAUUGAUUUAAAGCAAUUCAACAUGCUAAGAUUUGUGCUCCUUGCUGUUCUGGCCACAUCAGCAUUUGCUGGCAUUGUCAGACGCCCUUUGCAGGCUUUUGAGGGUCGCAUCAUUGGCGGAGGAAACGCUGAUCAAGGAGAAUAUCCAAGCCAGUUAACUCUGCAAUAUUUGGUUUGGCAUAUAUGUGGAGCCUCCAUAAUCAGCGAAACUUUUGUCCUCACUGCAUCGCACUGUGUUGACGGCCUCUCAGCAGCCGUUUUGAGCGUCAGGUCGGGCAGUGUAAAUUUAAGUGAAGGAACUCGCCAUCAGGUCACCAGGGUCAUCAUGCAUGAGAACUUUGACGCCCUGGACUCUUUCAAUAACGAUAUUGCCAUCCUUGAGGUUGAGCCCCCCUUUGUCUAUGGACCGUAUGUGCAGCCGAUCGCCCUUCCCAAUCAGGGCGACGAACCUGCCGUCGGUACUGCGGCUACAGUUAUUGGAUGGGGGCAAAUUGAAGAUGGGGGUGCAUUGAGCGCAGAGUUGAAGGAGUUAGUGGUUGAAAUCAGAGACCAAAAGCUCUGCCAGACUGUCUACAAUGGCAUUGGUUAUGACGUCUACCCUGGACAAAUUUGCGCAGACUUUCCUGACGGAAAUAUUGGUGCUUGCAAUGGUGACAGCGGCGGACCUCUGUUUGUGGACGGUGUGGUGGUUGGUUUGGUGUCUUGGUCUGACGGUUGCGCCAUCCCGGGCUAUCCCACCGUGUACAACCGAGUUGCCUAUUAUCGCAACUGGAUCACCCAACAGACUGGAGUUAAUUAAACGAUGUGCAAACCGGUGCAAACGACGCUUAGUAAUAAAAUUUAUUUUGUAAACGAAAGAAUGUUUAUAAAUAUUUUUUGUUCAGUAGAAGCAUAAAUGUUGUUAUUGUUGUUUUUUUGUUUUCAAUUAAAUUCUCAUGUAAAGUAGACUGAAUUGAAAAUUUGUUGGUAUUUGCCAUGGAUUUUUAAGAUUUUUAGAGUUCUUUAGUAUACAAAUAAUGAGGUAAUAUUCAUUGGGAACGCUAAAUUAAUUGAUAAUGAUUUUUUUUUUAAAAACUUCUCGUGAGAAAAUGAUAUCGCUCAUUUUUUACUAUUAAUAAAAGGACAAAAAAUUUAGCCUAAAUAUGUUAAAACAUAUUAUAUAACAAAAUUUGUAACCAUAAUGGGAAAACUUGAAUAGCAGCUUUGGAUU